AAUACCCCCCAAAAAUUUCACGCUCAAGUUUCGAAUAUCAAUGUUCAAGCAAGUAAAGCAACCCAACCAUGAAGGAAACAUGAAACCCAAAGCACGCAAUUAUACGAUAUAAAUAUAUAUGCCAUCUGCACUCUGUAGGUUGCAUGCAAAUUAUAACAUUCACGUUUCUUGCAAUCUUGAGGUUCAUAUUAGUUGUUAGUUGGCGUCCUGAAUGGCCAGUUCUAGAGGUACUACAAGGGUUGGAGUAAGAACAAGGGCACCAACUCCAGUUGUUGAAGAGACAGUACCUAAUUCUGGAUGGACAGAGGAUUCUGCGGGUCAUUACCUUCUUGUGGAUCUUCCCGAAUUCAGGAGGGAAGAGGUGAAGCUCCAGGUUGAUAGCUAUGGCCGUAUUCUUGUAUCGGGAGAAAGGCAAGUGAAUGAGUGGAAACAUGUUCAAUUUCGGCUGAAUUUUCCGGAACCAGUGGACUCUGAUAUGGAUAAGAUAACUGGGAAGUUUGAUGGUGGAGUCCUUUAUGUCACUGUUCCCAAGCGAGUCACACAACAGAACAAGGAAAGCGAGGCUGCAAAAGCUGGAAAUAGCCAAGUUGAAAGAGCAGAAAAUGAUAGCCAUAAUAGAAAUGGCGAAGAUGAAAAAGCAGAAGAAAAUGAUAGCCAUCAACAUGGAAAUGGCAAAGUUGAAAGAUUAGAAGAAAAUGAUAGGCAAGCACCCAAUAAUGCUGAUGUGGGGAGGAGAGAUCCCAGCCAACAUGACAACCAUGCAGGGCAAGAAAUAAAAAGAAAUGAAAAUGAGCACAUCGGAGAUUUUCCUGAACAAGUAAUGAGGAAUUGGGAUCAAGAAUCCAUGUUAAGAACUGCAGCGGGGAUUUUGAGGAAAAACAAAGGAAUUGUAAUAACAGCUGUUAUAGCCUUUUCCUUGGGGUUGUUAAUAUCUCGCAAAUUCAACACCACCUAAGUUCUCAGACCUGAAUCCAUAAAUGUAUAUCCCUCACUUCAGGCCACGAGCCUUUUACAUGCGUAUGUAAAUACAAUAAAGUAUCAUGCAGAUAUUCAAACAUUAAUAAUAAAGUCUCUGCUUAUUUCUUUUUU